UUCAAUCCAGUAAACAAUUUGGUGAAUGUUUAUUGCAUUUAAAUAUAAAAAAAAAAUUUUAAGGUUGUAUGUGGAAAAUUUCAUACUUAAAUGGGUAAAAAAGAUCUUUGUUUGUUUGAUGUCGAUGGAACCUUGACUCUUUCUCGCCAACCAAUCAAGGUGCAGACAAAAUUAUCCUUGUCAGAACUACAUAAAAAAGUAGCGAUUGGUUUGGUUGGAGGAUCAGAUCUAAAUCAAAUUCAAGAACAAAUGGGAGAUCCAAAACUUGUAGAAUCUUAUGAUUAUAUUUUUGCUCAAAAUGGACUUGUUGCAUACAAAGAUGGAAAACUUAUAGGAAAAGAGAGUAUUCUUGAGCAUAUUGGAGAAGAAAAGUUGCAAACUUUCAUUAACUUUUGCUUGGAAUAUAUGUCAAAAUUACAUCUACCAGCAAAACGGGGCAGCUUCAUUGAAUUUCGGGCAGGACUUAUUAAUAUAUGUCCUGUUGGGAGAACUUGCACUCAAAGUGAGCGAGAGGAAUUUGUUGCUUAUGAUAAAGUUCACAAAAUUCGAGAACAAUUUAUUGAGGCUCUACAAAAGAAAUUUCCUAGUCUGGGUUUGACUUACACUAUAGGUGGACAAAUAAGUUUUGACUGUUUUCCUAUUGGUUGGGAUAAGACAUUUUGUUUGAAACAUAUAGAUAAAGAAGUCUACACAAACAUUCAUUUUUUUGGAGAUAAAACAUUUCAUGGAGGAAAUGACUAUGAACUGUUCAAUCAUGAAGCUGUCAUAGGUCACACUGUAACUUGUCCAGAAGACACUAUGGAGCAGUUGAAACAAAUGUAUUUUUGUUAAAGGUGCAUAAAUGCUGAAAUAGAUUUUUUCCCCCAUUUUAAAAACUGAUUCCAAUUUUUUAAUAAGAUAUCUAAAUAACAGGAAUUAUAUUUUGUAGGAGUAUAAGACUUCAUGAUGAUUAUAUUCACUUAUUAUGAUUUCUUGUAUAAUCCUUUUUUGCUAUGGAAAUUGAACUGUAAUCAGUAUAAU